CGCAUGGCUUGGUUAGCGGCAGUAAGAAGGAAAACCAUCACCUUCAACAAUAUUUCCCGAAACACGCUUGUUUGUUCACGCCAUUUUCACAAAGGCAAACCAGCCUAUGAAAUGCUGGAGUGUGAUCCUGACUGGGUGCCAUCGUUGCAUCUCGGGCACAAAGAAGUUAAAGCAACGCACUCUGGGCGGUUUAACCGGAGUAUAAGGAGACUGCAAGCUGUCACAGGGGAUAAUGCUGCACCUGCACCACUACAUGUAGCUGGCCAGAUGGAUGAAACUGCAACAGCAAAUGAUGCCUCACAAAUGGACGACACAGGCUCAAAUAACAACGUUGCAGAACAGCAGGAAUGCCAUCUUUGUAGCUGCAGGCGUGGUGAAAUUAACCGUUUGUUGGAGGAGAACAGGAGACUGAAGGAAGAGCUCGCCCAAAAGAGAAUGGAUGAGGAUUCUUUUAAAGAUGAUGAUGCUAAGGUGAAGUACUACACUGGGCUUCCAUGUCUUGCGCUUCUGAUGGGUGUGCUGACACAGCUUCUUCCCUGCCUGCCACAGACUGGCCGAAAACUCUCACCUUUUCAAAUGCUCCUUUCAACACUUAUGCGCCUCAGGCUGAAUCUCCCAAUUCAGCACAUUGCAUACCUCUUCUCUGUGGAUCGAAAGACUGUGUCCACCACAUUCAGAGAUACCAUAGGUACAAUGUUUAGACAUCUCAAACCCUUGGUGCACUGGCCGGAGAGACACUGCUUACACGCCACCAUGCCACAUCAGUUUGUAGAGGCUUUUGGCAAUCGAGUAGCAGUUAUUGUGGACUGCUUUGAAAUUCGCAUUGAAAGAGCAUCAAAUCUCAAAGCUAGAGCACAUACAUUUUCCCACUACAAACACCAUCACACCCUAAAGUACCUCAUUGGCAUUACACCACGAGGGUCUAUCUCUUUCAUUUCCCAAGGUUGGGGAGGUCGUGUCAGUGACAAACAUGUGACUGAGAAUAGUGGCCUUCUUAAUAAACUAUUACCUGGAGACUUGGUGUUGGCAGAUCGUGGAUUUGACAUCAGAGACAGUGUUGGACUCGUGUGUGCAGAAGUGAAAAUACCUACAUUCACAAGAGGACGCAGCCAGUUGGAUGCAAAAGAUGUGGAGGAAACACGCCGGAUAGCUCACCUCAGGGUCCAUGUGGAGAGGGUGAUUGGAUGUGUACGCACAAAGUACACCAUACUGAAUGGAAUUGUACCAGUCAGCAUGGUACUCCCAUGUCAAGGUGAAGACAUGACGUUCCUGGACAAGAUAGUGACUGUAUGCUGUGCCCUGACUAAUAUGUGCCCCAGCGUUGUCAUGAAACCAUAAACUAUGGCUGUCAAAUUAUUUGACCACAAUUAAUCACAUCCAAAAAAAAUCAAAGUUUGUGUUUAUCAAUGUUUGUGUACUGUGUAUAUCUAAGUGUGUAUAUAUAUAAAUACACAUGCAUGCGUGUAUAAAUAAGAAAUAUUAAUGUGUAUAUACUGUAUACACACACAUGUAAAUAUGUAAACACGCAUAUCCUGCAUUAUUAGUGUUAUGCAUAUUGCAUACCACCUGUUACAAUAAUAAACAGUGAAAUUGA